GCGGAAUUUGUCAUAAUCAGUGCACACGGUGAACUAAAAGGAACGAAAUGAAAGCCAUUGUGUGCACCCUCCUGGUCCUCGUGGCUGUCGCAUCAGCUUUUCCACAAAAAGAAGGUGGCGCUUACACAAACGAAGCCAUCAGACAAGCACAAAACACGUUCCUCAUCCCCAAAGACGCCCAAAUCCAAAAAGUGCAAGAAGGAAUCGAAAUCGGCGCAUACGAAAGCAUCCCCGGCAAUCAAAAAAUCAACCUCUUCGAAAUCCUCGGCGAUCAAUUCCCCCCAGAGGUAGUGAACAAUCUCCAAACACAAAUCGACCAGGUCGGACGCAACUAAUCUCUACUUUAAAUUAUUAGCAGUUAGAAAAAAAUGUGAUCAACAAGUUUCAUCUUCACAGCUAUCGUUUCCUAUCCUUUUUUGCACCCCUUCCUGUUCUAAUACCAUCACGUCUUUUGCACGCUCCACCUUCAUCUUGCACCCAUCAAUAAUAAUCUAGUCUAGACUGUCGUUCAAACUAGUUGUUACUCUAAUGUGAGUCUUUCAUAAUAAUUGCAUGCAUAUCUGCACUCUAAUUUACUGUUGCACCUUUUCCUCUCAUUUCGAUUGAUGCCCUGACGUUCUUCCAUGCAAAGUGCCAACUGUCUCCGUAGGUACAUACUUUUUAUUUUUGUAAUUUUUGUAA